UCUGUGUAACUGUGGCUAGGUCUUGUCAAGGGGUUGUUUAGCUGACAGGCUUUCACCGAGUGUGAACACAUAGCAUGGUCUUAUCCUGUAGAUAAAAGAACAAACAGGGGCUAGAAGGGCCUUCAGGGUGGAGCUAGGUUAGUCCAUCUCCAAUCAGUGCCGGGUGUGGCUGCUCUCCUGCCCAUCAUAAGGAAGUAGGUGUGACUGGCUUUCUGGGAAAAGUUCCUCCUACCUCUCCCAGCAGUAAGUGUCUACAAGUAGGCCACAGUUGGCUCUGCCACUAAGCCUGCCAUGGUGUCUUUGGACAAGGCUCACCUGGGUCCUAAGUAUGUGGGCCUCUGGGACUUCAAAGCACGAACGGACGAGGAGCUGAGCUUUCAGGCAGGAGACCUCCUCCAUGUUACCAGGAAGGAGGAACAGUGGUGGUGGGCCACCCUGCUGGAUGCGGAAGGCAAGGCCUUGGCUGAGGGCUACGUGCCCCACAACUACCUGGCUGAGAAGGAAACUGUGGAGUCUGAACCGUGGUUCUUUGGUUGCAUCUCCCGCUCAGAGGCCAUGCACAGGCUGCAGUCUGAGGACUACCCGAAGGGUACCUUCCUGAUCAGAGUCAGCCAGAAGCCAGGAGCAGACUAUGUCCUCUCCGUGUGGGAUGCUGAGGCUGUUCGACAUUACAGGAUCUGGAGGAACAGUGCGGGCAGGCUGCACCUGAAUGAGGUGGUAUCCUUCUCCAGUCUGUCUGAGCUUGUGAACUACCACAAGACCCACAACCUGUCCCCUGGCCUACAGCUCUCCAUGGCCUGCUGGAAGCUCAAAACUGAGCCCUUGCCCCACUGGGAUGACUGGGAGAGGCCGAGGGAGGAGUUCACGCUCUGUAAGAAGCUGGGGUCUGGCUACUUUGGGGAGGUCUUUGAAGGGCUCUGGAAAGGCCUGGUCCGUGUGGCUGUGAAGGUGAUCUCUAGAGACAAUCUCCUGCACCAGCACACCUUCCAGGCUGAGAUUCAAGCCAUGAAGAAGCUGCGACACAAGCACAUCCUGUCGCUGUACGCUGUGGCAACUGCAGGGGACCCAGUCUAUAUCAUCACGGAGCUCAUGCCCAAGGGGAGCCUGCUGCAGCUAUUGCGGGACUCGGAUGAGAAAGACCUGCCUAUUUUGGAACUGGUGGACUUUGCAUCACAGGUUGCCGAGGGCAUGUGCUACCUGGAAUCUCAGAAUUACAUUCACCGUGACCUGGCUGCAAGGAACGUUCUCGUUACUGAGAACAAUCUCUGCAAAGUGGGGGACUUUGGGCUGGCCAGGCUCGUCAAGGAGGACAUCUACCUUUCCCGUGACCACAACGUCCCCUACAAAUGGACAGCACCUGAGGCACUUUCCCGAGGGCAUUACUCCAUCAAAUCGGAUGUCUGGUCUUUUGGUGUUCUCCUUCAUGAAAUUUUCAGCAGGGGGCAGAUGCCCUACCCAGGCAUGUCCAAUCACGAAACCUUCCUGAGGGUGGAUGCCGGCUACCGCAUGCCCUGCCCCUUGGAGUGCCCACCCAACAUACACAAGCUGAUGCUUAGCUGUUGGAGCAGAGACCCUAAGCAGAGACCCUGCUUCAAAGACCUGUGUGAGAAACUCUCAGGUAUCACUAGGUAUGAGAACCUGGUCUGAGCUCCUCGGCUGUGGCCAGGACCCACAGAAGAGGGCCUCGUGGUUAUCCUGGAUUUCUACCGAAGGCAUGCACCACCCUUCAGUUUACUGAGAAGAAGGGGUAGGGAACACACCAAACAUAUCUUAAACACUGAGUGUGGUCAAGGAAAGAAAGAGGCAGCAGCCAUGUUCCUUUCCCAUUUAUCCUCCUCCAGGAGGCAGUACACAAAAUCCAGGAAGUCACUCUCUGGCUUCCUCAUCCCUUCUCGCAAGACUUCAUGUGACGGAGAAGCCAAGAAGAGUCUAGGCAAUAGUCUUUGUGGAAUUCUUGCCAUAUCACUUUUAGAGCUUGACUGCCCACAAACACAUAGCCCACCCAUUAGUGCCUUAAUUCUGCAGGAUCUUAUGCCACGUAAAACUCAGAAGAAGUUUGCAUGAUUUUCUCUUUAUAACCUUGGCUUCGCUGGAGGAGUCUCGCCUAGGAAGCUCAAGACAGAUAAAAUGAUAUGAAAUUUC